UCAGAUGGCAGGCUUCAGCUGUGAAGCGGAGGGCGUUCGUCUAAAAGAUGAAAAGACCUGCGCCUUUAAGAGGGCUGUCUCCCCUCUCCCUCAUGCUCCCCCUCAACCGUACAGGCACUCCUCCUGUGAGCAUUUGUGAGGCAGCUCCUGUCCCUUAUGUCUCUUUGUGGGGAACAGAACAGACUUUCCAGAGCAUCACUGAGGACGAGACAGAACUCUAGGGACGAAACCCCAGUUGCCGACCUCUGCGCAACCCUGGCCUCAACUACGUGGACGCCAACAUGGGCAAAAGAAGGGGAGACACAGACCUACACAAGCUGGAGUAAAACAUCCAGAGGUCCGAAAACAGGAGGAGGAACUUAACAGCUGGACAACCCAAGAGGUCAAUUUUGAGCUGAAGACGACAUGCUCAGCAGAUACAAAUUAACAACGCUGGACUGGAUCGCUGAGGAAAAGGUGGAGUCUUAAUUUGCGCUUUUAGUUUCUCUUUAGAAAAGUUUUGCUAAAGAAGAAUCAACAAAGCACUCAGUAUCUUUCGCAGCCAUAAAGGAUAAAAGCACCAUGUGAAAUACAUAGACAUGAAGGAAAGUAAAUGAUUUAGCCGUGGGUUUUUUUUUACUGUCUCCAGAACACUUACUGAAUUUGUGGUAUGAAAUUCAGAUGCUCUUUAAAGAACAUGUUGAAAGGUCCCGUCGGUGCUCUUAAUUCCACAGUCAGGCGUUUAUCUUAUUCUCCAGCUCUUUCUGAGAGAGAGCCUUAAAGACUUUGUUGAUAGUGCUCUUGGGGAGCGGGUAAUAUUUCUUAUAAGAAGUCUUGAAACUUUACAGCUGUUAACUGAAGGGAAGAGGGAAGUGCCGCAUGCAUAAGAAAAUUAUGUUAAGUGGUAUUCGAUGUGGGAAAACUCUGUGUCUGGACUAACACAGUGGAGCACUGAGGACUGCAGAAAUGUUCACAGGGUGUGGACUUGUUAGUGGCCAGAACCUGUACCUGACCAAAGACGCUGUCAGGCCUUACCCAGGACUGGAGGUGAACAAACCGACUCAAAUGGAGAAUCUGGGUUUGUGCCCCGUCUACCAGGGUCAAGUGUACGGCAAUGCUGGCCAGCCAGCAGUGGUGAACAAUAAUUCAAGCCCGCUGAAACCAGCACCGCUACCUGUCCCUCCUCCUGCACUCAAACUAGGACAGGAAGGCUUCAGGAAAGUGUGUCGAACUGAGGAGGACAGCCCCUGUCCCUUCCCGGGACUGGCUUCUGGGGUGCUGGAGAUGCGUGUAAAGGAGGGAAGCAAGAUCCGCAACUUAAUGGGAUUUGCCAUGGCACGAAUGCAGGGGGAGAAGGGUGUAAGUGGGGGAGGUGUGAGCGGUGACGGGCUCAGGCAGGUGGUCUUCACCGGUUCGGGUCGCGCGGUCACGAAGACCAUCACCUGCGCCGAGAUCAUGAAACGGAAGGUGGGCUGCCUGCACCAGCUGACCAAACUGCGGUACAAGGUGGUGAAAGAGGUGUGGGAGAGCGCCGAAGGAGGGACCUCCGAGAUGACGGUGCACAGGACUGUACCGUCAAUCAGCAUCCUUCUUUCCAAAGAUCCCCUGGACCCCCAAGAGCCAGGCUAUCAGCCUCCAGAGACUCUCAGUGCAUUGUGGGAGGAGAGGGAGGGCGCCGAACCUUCCUCGCAGAAAGCAUGCAAGAGACCUCUUGGACCUUUGCCAUAUGGCACUUUCCCUCAGUGUAAGAGGGUAUGUUUAGGGGAAGGAGUCUCGGUCCUCCCUCCUCAGUGACUGUCUGAUCCGGUGUCACAGUGGAGGGGAUUGAAUCAGAGGAGUUCAUUUGGCGCUGCACUCCACUCAAGCACAAUGCUGAGACAAUCAGAACAUUCACUCAGACAGAACAGUGCUUUCUCAGAAGAACUGACUACUGACUACCAAUUCCAGCCUCCAGAGGUCAGUUUAACUGGAACCUAAAAGCUUGCCUGUGUACUUGCAGCAUUUACAGGGCGUCAUUCCUGGUACGUCUAACGUGGUCUCUCACAUCCACAAAGCUGUGACGAUGUGUGCUACUCUGCUGUAAGGUCUUGACUAGAUUUACAUCCCAUUUCACAAAGACAAGAAGCCAUGAAACGCACGGGUACCAGAUUCCUGCUUUCAGUAAACCAUCCACAACCUGUGGACAAAGUCAUACUAUUGGCAUCACUAUUACAAACAUCUCUAUCCCGCCCUGCUUUUAAAUAUAACUGUUCAAAACCCAGAAAGUAGAUGCAAGAUCAUGAGAUGAAAAACAGCGUGAAGCCAUCGAUGAUAUGGCAAAUGCAAAACAUACCAAUUUUAUUUGUCUGAUUAUUAACUCACGAAAACAAAAUUAAAUAAACAUUUCUCCCCCCCCUCCAGCGGAAAUUUUCUUUUGUAUUUCAUCUUUCUUACUCACACAUCAUUUGCAAAGUCCUGAUUGAAGAGAAAAUCACAGUGUGCUGAUCUGUUGAUAAGAAUAACGGCAGUGAAAUUUGUCUGUGGGAAGAAGAAAAAAAAAAAUCAGAUUUAAUGACAAAGCUGUUGAUAAGGCGCAGCUCCUAAAUCAACCCAGUCUGACAGAAAUGCCUAGGGCAGAAAUACAGGCACAGAUUAUCAUUAAGAUAACAAAAUAAAAUCAGACAACACAGUGGAGAAAAGGAUUAAAACUAGGCGCGACACAGCUACACACCACACCGUCCCUGCAAAAUAUGAAACCAGGGAGCAAGCUCCACUCCUUCCUGUUGCAGCCUACAGGCCUACUCACCCAGCAUAUGUAGUAGUCUCUUCCUCUGCAUUCUUCUGUUUCUCAAGCAAAAAUAAUGCGCUGAAAAUGUGGUUUAAAAGGAGCCAAGUAACCCCGUGCACUUGCAGUUGACAGACAUAACAAAAUGAAAUGACUGCGGACUUUCUCCAGCUGACAUUUUGUAUACAUUGCCUCCCUGCAUUUCCCACACCACUUGGAUCCCAUUUUUGUUGCAAGAGAGGUGCCUCUGAGUAAUUUCGGAAGCUUAACUGGAUGCUGCAGACAUCUAUGGCAAUUGGAUCAAAAUUCAACUCUGAGCAGAAUGCACAGUGGUAGGAAAAGGGAAACAGCUGGGAGGGUACGUAUUGAAUUUUAUGGAUUAAAGAAUCCUUUAGAAACUUGUCCUAAACAACGCGAACAGAGCAAACCUGCCUGAGAACAAUUCCAUCCGCAUACUUAGGACGUUUUUUUUUUUCCGUUUUUCAUUUCAUUUAAUCAGCCAUAUGUUCAGCGGACAAUACAAGUGGAACUCUGUCUGAAGCUUUUACUGUUCAUCUUAAUGAAAAUCUACAAAUGUCGACGUCCAGAAUAAAUUAAUCAAAGUUACUCCUAAUUGGAAAGACGAUAUUAAAACAAGAGUAAAAAAAAAAGAAAAAAGAAAGAACUAACUCCUGUUGCAUUUGCAUUCAAAUUCAUUUUACAGAGAAAGAAAGAAGUAAUAAUAUUUCUCAUGGUGGUCAAGCAGCACUUUAACAGUCUACGGCGGACAUAGUGAUUAACCUCUCUCCCGAUCCCAUUAAACGAAUCAGAGCACAGCGAAGCACCCAAGGUUGAAUAAGAAACGCUGCGACCGCAGUACGCCAUGUAUGUAGCAAACUGUGUGUCCUCAAGACCGCUGGAAGGUUAUCACUUCAGGUCGUUGUUAUCACAGAGUUAACAGCUUUCACCCAAGAGCCUUCGGGACAGUCUGUCAGCGAUGCAGGUCAAAAAGAUAAUGCCGCUAUAAGUAAAUUUCAAAUCGACCUGCAUCUGCUAUCAAGCAUUAAGAAUUCUGGGCCAAGUGUGAAAUGCGGCGAGGGUAAUUAGGGAUAACGGCAGAGCGUACCUGAGUGAGAGAACAGAUAAAACAUACUGACAAAAGAAUUAUCCCAGAGCUAAAUUCAAUGUGGCUGGCACGAAAUAGCGGGGUGGAGGAGUCAACAAAGUGCAUUAUAAGAAUCUGGACAAGGUUAUUCACAGGUUGAGAGACUGUUUGCAGGUAAAUGUUUGUUUUCAAACAUGAGGUCAAGGUGGAUUAGGAAGAGAUACAAGCCUUAGCCUACGAUGCAGUAUUCGUGUUCAGUCAACACAGUACUUUACAUAGUUUAAACAGAGGCUUCAAACAUCUGCUCUAAGAAUAACCCAUACCUUCAGUGUUGAAUCAGAUGAGGAAGGUGGACAUAUUAAAAGACACAAACUUAUUAUAAGGGUGUAACUCUAAUAAACACUUAAAUUCUAUUUAAUACUGGAUCUUGGUUUUCAGUUUUUGGUAAAGAACUGUAGAAUAGACAAAGCAGUUUACAAUUUCUUAUUAAAUAGUACUUCGCACACACGGUAUUAUUUUUACUUUUUAACCAAGUAAAUCAACAUUCGGAUCACAAAUCACGCCACAAUUUUGAUUGUGGUUUUCGGUUACGGCGGACACAGCGGUAACCUUCUGUUUGCCAAAGCCAAUAACUACAUGCGCUGAGUGUGAAUAAAUUCAUUUUGAAGUAAAUAUAAUGAAAGUGUUGGCACUCUAUUUUUCCCCUCUCUGCCGCUGCAGCAGAUGAGAGCGAGGUCUCCGGGAUGGCGUGGGAGUUCGCUAUCUCCCAGCCUCCAGAUGGCUCCGUCUUCUCUUAUCUAGAAGAAUGGGUGCUGCCUCAAUUUUUCAACUCGCCUUAUCUGGGAAUCCUUUAAAUUGAAUAUUUACUGGGCCUAUGUUUUCUGCCCGUGUUAGCCCUCUGAAGUCGACAUUCCUCUUGGUUGCCGAGACAGGCCAAAAGGUUUUUCUCACUCAUACACACUCUUUGUCUGCCUUGUCAAGUAACGGGACAGUGAUUGAUUAUGUGAUUGCAAGGAGAGAAUGGAAGGUUAAGCAGUUAAGCAGAGAGCAGUGGAGACAUAUUAACGGAUGGCCAUUGAGGGAAUAUGUCGAACAAUAGAGAAACGUACAUUACCUAAACAUGACAUCCAGCACCGCCAUUAUAAGUCAGGGGUAAAAUAGAUUAAAUUAAUCAUUUUCUGAACACUCUAUUGUUUCCUGCGCAGUGUACACUAGAGGUUAAGAGAACACUUAAGCAGCCAUUGAAAGCAUCUUAUUGCCAUUUGACUGGCUGUGGUCUAUCUGCAUAAACAAGCUGUGCCACAGCUACUCCCUGGUAAGUGUCUGGAAAUGCCUUUUCAAAACCAUUCUGUGAAAUGCCUCCAUGUUGGAUUAAUCAGUGCAGCUGAGGAUGUAAUUGCUGUGCUGAAGUCAAAGCUGUAAGAGCAGAUAAUGAACAUUGACUACGGGGCUGCCAGAAUCCAGGGCAAAAAGAAAUGAGAAGUUUGGAAACCAAAACGUCUUCGGUAUUCUUCCGAAAAGCUCCGAUAGGAAAUGAUGACUAGGUGUAGUCACCCUGCAUUAAGACCAUUUUAAUAAACAAUAAACGUAACUCAUGAGUCGGCUGUUACUUUCAUGGAAACGUCUUAAAAUUUAAAAGGAAAAGAAAGAUUACAUUCACUUUGAGGAUUUUCAGAUGCUCUUUAAAUAAUUUAUGUGUGUUUUUUAUGUACUGAGCAGCAGGACAUGCAUCGGUCACUUCUGAACAUUAUAUUGGAAUUGGAUUCAUUUUCUUAGAUGAAGGAUGGGCUUGGAAAAGAUGAAGGAAACCAGGCAGAGCAACUGA